CAUAAUCAUGCGUUUGCCCGGUCCGUGUGUGGGAUGCUGUACAAGUCCGCUACUGCAUAAAAGUGGACAGGUGUAGCGCGCCGUGCAGUGUGAGGGAAUUAAAAGAAAAACGCCCGAACAGUGUGAUAGCACCUGAUUUGUGAGGCACCGCUGCGCUCUGCAUCUGCAGCCGUGAAGGGUUCCCCCCCACUACCACCCCACUUCCCCCUCCCGCUGUAAUAUUUAUGACAAAACGGAGGCAAAUUAUUCUGGUCACGUUUUUGGCUGACAGCCGGCUGUCCUGGAGAGCUCUGGAGUGAAUCGGGGUCCAGCGUUGGAGAUAGCGCAGCGCACCGACACCUGCAGUAGGAUGUAAAGGGAAUUCCCACUCACCAAACUGAAUCAACCACAGAUCUGGCCAUCAUCACUGUCUCGUUUGAGCCAGAAGACAAAGAGAGACAGAGCAUGGUGUGGCGUGGCGGCCGCUGUUGCUAUGUGUGAGGGAGCACUGUGGCGUCAAUGGAGACCGAAGGCUAUCGUGACCUCCUGGAGACCAGCGACGGUCAGGGGGUAGGCCUGUUGGAUGGAGGAGGUGAGGUGGGGGUGGAGGAGGGCUGGAGCACACCCUACCCAUUGGGUUUCCAGGUGUCUUUGACCACUGUGUUGAUGCUGGAGCUGGUGUUGGGCUUCAGCAGCAACCUCACUGUACUUGUACUCUACUGUGCUCAGUCCAACCUGGUCGAUUCAGUCAGCAACCUGGUCACAGUCAACCUCCACGUGCUGGAUAUACUGGUCUGCCUGCUGUGUCUGCCACUGACUGUUGCUGUGAUCCUGUUACCAGCUAAUGAAAGUGGAGUCAGCAGCCUGGCCACGCUGUGCUGCUUUCACGAGGCAUGUGUCACAUUCACCAGCGUGGCCACGGCAGUCAAUGUGCUGGUGAUCAGUUUGGACCGAUACGACAUCUCAGUGCGUCCGGCCAGUCGUCUGCUGACCCCCAGGCGUGCAGCACUGCUCCUGGCAGCAGUGUGGGCUGUGUCUCUGGCGGUCUUUUUCCUGCCCUUCCUCGAGGGGGAUUUCUUUUUUUCGAGGGUUGGGGACAGUGAGGAUGAGGAGCCAGAAAGGCAGAAUAAUAACUCCAUGCUCACCACAGGACUGACCCCCAUUUUUUCCUCUGUCUCUCCCUCAUCUUUACCCUCAACCCAUCCUUCCUCCCCGUCACACCACCUGACUCCAGUAUGGCAGAAUAGGACACUGCUGUGUGUUGGAGGGCAGGGGUACUACACAGGCAUGGCUAUGUAUUACCACUUGUUACUUCAAGUGCCAUGCUUUUUCAUCGCUGUGGUCGUCAUGUUGUUCACCUACUCCAAGAUCCUGCAGGCCCUCAACAUUCGCAUUGGCUCCCACAUGAUGAGGAGUACGCGUGCAAAGGACUCCACCUGCAGGAUACGCUGCAGGAGACAGAGGAAGAAGGACCUGAGCCUGCCCACAGAGGUAGUGUCCUCCAACCAGAACCAGAACCUCAGCCACCCUCCUCUCAUCCCCUCCCCUACCCCUACACCAACAUCACCGCCACCACUCCCCUCCAUGCCCCAGGUGAUGUCUGACAGUGGGGCCACAGUCACGACUGUCAGCACUGCUGCUACCACUCCCAUUGCCACCACCCCAGCCACCCCUGCUUCUCCAACCCCAGCAUCAGCCUCAGUCCAGGCCCAUGCUACUUCACCACUGCCUGCCUCCUCCAUGGGUGUACAGGCCUCCGUUUCUGCCAUCAUCGCCUUGAGGCGGGCAGUGCGCAGGCACAGGGACCGCCGAGAACGUCAACGCCGUGUCCUAAAAAUGUCCCUAAUCAUCAUAUCCACCUUCCUGGGCUGCUGGGCCCCUCUGUCUGCAGUCAAUGUUCUCAUCCUGUGUAUGGGUCCUAGUGACGGCCUGGUGCGGCUGCGUCUCUGCUUCUUGGCAAUGGCUUAUGGAACCACUAUUUUUCAUCCUCUGCUCUACGCUUUCACCAGGCAGAAGCUGCGCCGUGCCCUCAAAACACGUGUCAAGAAAAGGGUAGUGUCCCUUCUGCAGGUGGACCCGGCUCCCAGCGGGGGGACAGUUAUUCAUAACUCCUGGGUGGAGGGGGGAGGCCAGCGGAAGAAUCGCAAGCCACGGGUGGAGGCCAGUGAUGGCACUGAUCGAUGCCUCACAGAGGCAGUGAGGGAAUGAG